CUCGAAUAGAAAAAAAAUUCCGAGUCGUGGGCAUAAUAUCAGCGGUGGAAGGAGUAGUUGCCGCCGCGUCUCUCUCUCGUUCUCCCGUGGCUUUCCUAUCUAACUGGGCAGCACUAGGUCGAACCAUAGUUGGCCAGGCCUCUCUCUCUCUCUCUCUGAUAGAACGUCCUCCGCGGCUCUGCCCAUCUGCAUAGGGUUCUAGUAGUGGCUGUGUUGGUGUUGGCAUUGGCGGUGGUCUGCGGUAGUGGUGGCGGUGGUGGUGAUCUCAUCGUCGGACGUGUUGAUAAGAGGCUACAGUAAACCCUAAAAAAUGAGCCAGAGCCAGAGCCAGAGUCAGAGUCAGAGCCCUAGGAGCAGUAGGAGCCCAUCUCCCAGGGUUCACCGAAGGCGUAACAGCGGCGAUCGCUACUCCUACCGUGAUGCUCCUUAUAGAAGAGAACCGCGUAGAAUUUCAAGAAUGAAUGAUUUGUGCAAGAACUGUAAGCGUCCUGGGCAUUAUGCAAGGGAGUGCCCAAAUGUUGCUGUCUGCAACAACUGUGGUCUUCCUGGGCACAUUGCUGCUGAAUGCAGUACAAAGUCUCUCUGCUGGAAUUGUAGGGAGCCAGGCCAUGUCGCAAGUCAGUGCUCGAACGAAGCCAUAUGUCAUACUUGUGGAAAAUCCGGCCACCUUGCUAGAGCAUGUCCUGCACCACCAUUGCCGCCUGGUGAUAUGAGGUUAUGUAAUAACUGUUACAAGCAGGGGCACAUUGCUGCUGACUGUACAAAUGAAAAGGCCUGCAACAAUUGCCGGAAGACAGGCCAUUUGGCACGUGAUUGCCCUAAUGAGCCAGUUUGCAAUUUGUGUAACGUUGCUGGCCAUUUUGCGAGGCGUUGCCCCAAGUUUCAGAUGAUGGGAGAUAGAGUUGGUGCUGGCGCUGGCACUGGCGCUGGCGGCAUGGGGAGAGGCAGUGCAUUCCGGGAUGUAAUAUGCAGAAGCUGUAAUCAAGUGGGUCAUAUGAGUAGGGAUUGCAUGGGACCCAUGAUGAUAUGUCACAACUGUGGAGGCCGUGGGCAUAUGGCAUUUGAAUGUCCAUCUGGUAGGCUUAUUGAUCGUGGACCUCCUCGAAGGUACUAAACUGGUAUAUCUGGCCCUUUUGUUGGAGGCAAACCUGUGCUUUAUGGAUUGUCGGUCCAGAUUUUUUUGUUUUUAUUAGUAUCCGAGCUUGGUGAAUUUCUGUCUGUUGUUGACCUGCAUUGCAAUUGCAAAUAGUGGAUGAAACUUCUUCCAUAUAUUUGGGAAGUUUGUGUUAAAUUUGUGACCAGGAUCUUUAAUUUUUUCUUCCA